AUGUCCAAGUUUGUCCUCACCAUCGACGACUUCGACCCCAUCGUCCACUACGCCAACCCUCAGGCCUGGCAGACGCCCAACCCCCAGGAGCACCCCGAGUGGUGGAACGCAACCAGGGAGCAGACGAAUGAGCCAUGGCACCAGGCGAAGGGCGACGACUCCAAGUUCAGCUUCAACUUCACCGGCAACAUGGUCUCGAUGUACGGCGUGACUGGUGUGCCGAACUAUGAGAUCAGGAUUGACGGUGAGCUGGCUCCCGCGUCGAUGAGCGCAGCUGGGAGCAUAAACGGGAACGGCGGCCGGCCGCUCAUCUACGAGAAGGACGUGACGUACGGCAACCACACGCUCGAGUUCUCGAACAAGGACGGCUUCUUCCUUCUUGACUCGAUCGAGGUCAGCAUGUUCCUUGGCGCUGAGAGUGCGGAGAUGAAGAACACGACCGUCGAUGACCGCGACACGUCCUUCCUCAAGUUUGACGGACAAUGGACGCAGCAGCAGGGCCCCAACUUCUUCGACGGCACGUCGAGCUUCACGAGCGCCGACGGCGCCAGCGUUGCCUUCAAUUUCUCCGGCUCCGCGGUGUGGGUAUACGGAGACCAGAAGAAUGACCACGGCGAUUUCAAAGUGCUCCUGAACGGGUCCGAGGUGGCAGUGAACAAUGGCCGCUCGGGAUGCGGUGAGGGCUACUCCGCGACGUGCGAGAAGCUUCACGGGCUUGCGUUCUUCGCUGGCUCCCUGCCGCAGGGCACGCACGAGGUCAAGAUCGUGAACCAGUCUCCCGGCGGCGACCAGCCGACGUUCUUCGACCUUGACUACAUCGAGUACACGACGCCGAGCCAGUAUGCGCCACCCGAGCUUGUCGGUGCCGCAACGCCAGUGAACGCGAACGAGACCGCCGUCGGUGUCAACGUCACUGGCAUGGGAAUCGCCGGCGGAUCGCCCUCUUCUUCUGCGGCACCCGGGUCGUCUUCGUCGGCUGGCGGCAAAGACGCCGGUGAUGCGUCCGCCGUCUCGCCGAGCAUGACCCUCGGUCUCUUCCUUGGCGCGUGGGUUCUCCGCGCGCUGUUCUAA